CGCAGGUCCCAGAGGCCCCUGCGUUUCGGCUGUACGGCGCGGCCUAUGCCAAGAUGGCUGCGCCCAUGGGCGAUUCCCCGAGGGCACCCGAGGGCGCCGCCAUCGCUGCUGCAGACCCGCUGAAACCGCGCUCCGAGUGGCCGCCAUGUCGACCCUCGGCUGCGACCAAAUUCUAACAAAGCCAGAGAUCGUGGACCAGAGGAGGAGGACGGAAACCGCUGGCGAGGCCGGGAGUCCGCUGCAGAUGGCUGCGUCUGAGCCCGGGGCCAGCUCCACGGGAUCGAUCGCAUUCGAAGAUGUGACUAUGGCCUUUAGCCAGAAGGAAUGGAAGCAGCUGGAUCCUGCUCAGAGAAACCUGUAUAAGGAUGUGAUGCUGGAGAACUGUAAUAACCUGGCCUCAGUGGGAUAUCAAGCUCCUAAAGCAGACAUGAUCUCCAAGAUGGAAAAAGGAGAAGAGCCAUGGUUAGGGAGGGGGAAGAAACCCAAUCAAGAUUGUCUAAGUAAAAUAACAAGACCCAAGCAAAGAAGAGCUGAUGGAAAAGAAGUCCAGCAAGAUGAUGACCAGCUAGAGAACGACCACAAAUCUCCAAACAGACUCCUUAGGGAAGUUGCAUUCAAGAAGAAAACUGUGAAUAAUAAGAAAGGCAAUGAAUAUAGUUCAAUGGGGAAAAGAAAUGUCAGUACAAAACGUGUUCCUGCAAAAAAAAGGCUUCUUAAAUUUGACCAACAUGGAAAGAGUUUCAAACAGAAUUUAGACUUACCUGAUUAUGUAACAAGUUGUACAAAAGAGAAACUUGAUGCAACUAAAGAACACAGGAAAUCAUUCAACCGUCACUUAUCUGAUACCAAAAAAAGCAAAAAUAAAAAUGGAAAGAAACACGAGAAAUUAUCCAGUCAUAGCUUGUCUGGUAAGUGUGACAAAAUUCAAACUGACAAGAAACAUGAGAAAUUAUGCCUUCAUAAUUCAUCCCAUACUAAGGACAAAAUUCCAACUGGAGAGAAACAUAAAACACUCAGCCGUAUCUCAUCUUCUAAGCAUGACAAAUCUCAAGCUUCUGUGAAACCUUAUGAAUGUAAUCAGUGUGGGAAAGUUCUCAGUCAUAAGCAAGGACUCACUGACCAUCGGAGAAUUCAUACAGGGGAAAAGCCAUAUGAAUGUAAUGAAUGUGGGAUAGCUUUUAGCCAAAAGUCACACCUUGUUGUACAUCAAAGAACUCACACUGGAGAAAAACCGUAUGAAUGUAUGCAGUGUGGCAAAGCCCAUGGUCAUAAACAUGCCCUCACUGACCAUCUAAGAAUUCAUACUGGAGAAAAGCCCUAUGAAUGCUCUGAAUGUGGGAAAACCUUUAGACAUAGCUCAAACCUAAUUCAACACGUGAGAUCUCAUACCGGUGAGAAGCCUUAUGAAUGUAAGGAAUGUGGAAAAUCAUUCAGGUAUAACUCAUCUCUUACUGAACAUGUGAGAACUCAUACAGGUGAAAUACCAUAUGAAUGUAAUGAAUGUGGAAAAGCCUUUAAGUAUAGUUCAUCGCUUACUAAACAUAUGAGAAUUCACACAGGUGAGAAGCCAUUUGAAUGUAAUGAAUGUGGAAAAACUUUUAGCAAGAAAUCACACCUCAUUAUACAUCAAAGAACUCACACUAAGGAGAAACCUUACAAAUGUAAUGAAUGUGGAAAGGCUUUUGGGCAUAGCUCAUCUCUUACUUACCAUAUGAGAACUCAUACAGGUGAAAGCCCCUUUGAAUGUAAUCAAUGUGGGAAGGCCUUUAAACAAAUUGAAGGCCUUACUCAACAUCAGAGAGUUCAUACUGGGGAGAAACCCUAUGAAUGUAAUGAAUGCGGGAAAGCCUUUAGCCAAAAGUCACAUCUCAUUGUACACCAGAGAACUCAUACUGGGGAGAAACCCUAUGAAUGUAAUGAAUGUGGGAAAGCCUUCAAUGCAAAGUCACAACUUGUUAUACAUCAGAGAUCUCACACUGGAGAGAAACCCUAUGAAUGUAAUGAAUGUGGGAAAGCCUUCAAACAAAAUACAUCCCUUACCAAACAUGUGAAAACACAUUCAGAAGAGAAAUCUCAUGAGUGAAAUUAAUGUGGGAAAUCAAUCUCAUGCAUGAAAUUAAUGUGGGAAAUCUGUUAAUAGAAAAUUUGUUUUAAUCCCCUUCUUUGAUUUACUAUCCUUCCCUGGAAGGGGCCAGCAAGUGGCAUGGUGGUUAGAGUGCUGGACUCCCAUAUGAGAGAGCCACACUCCCUUGUGGCUCAAAGGUCACACUGGGCACAUGUGUGUGUGUGUGCCCAAGAUCUCAGGAGGAGAAA